AUGUCAGCGCGUCGCAAAGGAGCAUCGGGCGCGAAGCUGUCCAAAACGGCACUUUCGGAUUCCUCUGGGGACAUGUUGGAUCCAAGGGUCAUGACUACCUCAUUAGAUGAAAUACAUAUAUCACCAAGAACACCGAGGAUGGAUCAGGAUGGCGACGACGAGUUGGAGAUGAACCUUCUGGGUGACGAAGAGAGACGUCGGGCAGCGCCUGGUUUCAAUGGCUCGGCGAGAAGCCAUGAGUCAGAAACCAAACGUGCAAUAUCCGUGCGGGACAAGCAAGGAAUGGUCCUCCUGUGUGUUCUAUACCUUAUUCAGGGAGUUCCGCUGGGGCUGGCUCUCGGUACGUUUCUAGGUAACGACCUUGUGCAUUCAUCUAACUGUUACUUAGGAUCUGUCCCGUUUCUGCUCAAGGAGCACUUAUCGUAUUCCCAGCUUGGCACCUUUGCCUUGUCAAGCUACCCUUAUUCGCUCAAAUUGCUCUGGUCACCAAUAGUUGAUUCCGUGUUCUCAACGUCCAUUGGCCGCCGAAAAUCAUGGAUCAUUCCUAUGCAGCUCAUCGUCGGUACCCUCAUGAUGUAUAUUUCCCUCAAUGUGCAGAAACUUUUGGACGACCCCGGCAACUAUGUCACCGAGCUGACAGUCGUAUUCACCUCCCUCGUCUUCUUCUCGGCUACGCAAGAUAUCGCCGUUGACGGUUGGGCACUUACCCUCCUUUCCCCUGACUGCUUGUCCUACGCGUCCACUUGCCAAACUAUUGGUUUGAAUACUGGAUUCUUUGCCUCAUUCACGGUUUUCUUGGCCUUUAAUAGUGAAGAGUUCGCCAAGAAAUGGGGCGUACCACACCUCACUUUGAGCGGAUACCUCAAAUUCUGGAGCUUGAUGUGCUACGCAGUGACGCUAUGGCUCAUUCUUUUCAAGAGAGAGGACAAGGAGGUUGUGACUGAAGCAGACAUGAGUAUCUCGGGCGUGUACAAGCAAAUCUGGGCUAUCUGCAAGUUAAAACAUGUGCAAUCCCUUAUCGUUGUCCAUCUCUUUGCCAAAGUCGCUUUUGCCGCACACGAGGCUUCAACUUCUCUGAAGAUGGUUGAGAAAGGCUUCAAGCGGGAGGAUCUAGCGAUAGCCGUCCUAAUCGAUUUCCCCUUCCAAAUCGCUGGCGGUUGGCUUGCGGCCAAAUGGUCUCGCGGUGACCGACCACUCCGUCCAUGGAUAUACGCGUUUUGGCCCCGCAUCGGCUUAGCUCUCGUAGCCACCGUGCUCAUCAACUGGUUCCCUGCGCCGCCGAUUUCCAUGGGCUUUUUCAUGUUCCUGAUCCUUCACACCGUCCUCUCGUCUUUCGCUUCUACUGUACAAUUUGUGGGAAUCUCAGCCUUCCACACGAGGGUUUCUGACCCGUUAAUCGGGGGCACCUAUAUGACGCUCCUCAACACGUUCACCAAUAUGGGUGGUACCUGGCCGAAGUGGUUCGUCCUUAAAGGAAUCGACACUUUCACCAUCGCGGAAUGUAAACUUCCUGGAAGUAACCUUGAAUUAAAAUCAAAAGUUCUAGAGUGUGUUACCGAAACUGGCAAAACAACUUGCAAACAGCUUAGUGGCGAGUGUGUUAUCCAGCGCGAUGGAUACUACAUAGUAUCCGCAAUUUGUAUGGUGUUCGGUAUCACCUUCUUGCUCGCCUACAUCAUUCCAACAGCUCGGAAGCUCCAAGCACUUCCGACUUCGAAAUGGCGAAUCAAAAUGCAGUAG